AUUAAACAAGUUUCUGCUUGAUCCCACAAACGCUCAUGAUCAGAAUUUAUUAAGACGUCGUAGACGAUUGUGAACAAAUUUGUUUGUAUUUGUUUUUGUAAAUGUGUUUGUGUUUAAAAACAUUUUUUAUUUUGUCAUAUUUUUAAGAAGCUGUGUUGUGGAGUGAUGGAGUUCAUUUGUGUGACUCUGAUGAUUAUUAUUGGAAUCACAGAUUCAACAGCAGAUCAGUUUGCUGUUGUUGGACCUGUAGAUCCUCUCCUUACUGUAGUUGGCGAAGAUGUGAUUCUACCUUGUUCUCUCAAACCCAACAUCAGUGCUGUAAACAUGAGAGUCGAGUGGUUUAGACUUGAUCUUAAAGACUCAAUAGUUCAUCUCUAUGAAGAUCAUGAAGACAAAAACACAAAUCAGCUUCAGUCGUACAGAGGAAGAACUGAAGUGUUUAAAGAUGAACUACAGAAAGGAAACACAUCACUUAAACUCUCAAGAGUUCAGAUCUCUGAUGAAGGACUUUAUAAGUGUUUAAUUCAGUCCAAAACCAACUAUGAUGACAUCACUGUUGAUCUCAGAGUUGAAGGCGAGCAAACUCCUGUUUUAUUGUUCUUGUACUUGUAAGUGAUGUUCAGUAUUGGGUUAAGUGCAUGUUGUCAUAAUCACAAUAAGCCAGAAGAAAACAAGGAAAAAAAGUAUAGGAAGAAAGUUAUCACUAAAUUAAUGUUUUUUUUUUCAU